GUUAUUUUGUAAAGGUUGAUUUGUAUUUGAUUCGUUGUAGGACAAUCAAUAUUUCAUGAAAAUGGCCCAUAGGAGUAGAAUUGGUUCUUGAGAUGCCUUCGCUUCAGUGGACUGUACACUAUGCAAAGGAAAUAUUGCUGGACCUGUUUUUAUUUUUUGACAAUAAUGUAGAUAGAACGUUGAGGAAGUCAGGUCCUCUAUACGUUUUUCUUUGUUCAAGUCUUACUGUUUCAGUUGCGGUCGCAUAUUUUUGGUUCCUCUUGCCAGUAUUGUUACAAAGCCUUGGAAAGCCUUUCGUUUCGUUGCAUAUUGUUUUAUCUAUAGUUUUGUUGUUUAAUAUUCUUUUCAAUUAUAUCAUGUGUAUGCUUACUCCUCCUGGGGAACCUCCUACGCAGAAAUUGAUUUCAGGAACAGAAUAUGCUGGUAUUCAUCUGCGUUUUUGUAGAAAGUGUGGCUGUAUUAAACCACCUAGAGCUCAUCACUGCAGUAUCUGUCAAAAAUGUGUCUUGAGAAUGGACCACCAUUGUCCUUGGAUUAACGGUUGUGUUGGGUUUCGCAACUAUAGAUACUUCCUCCUGUUCCUCUUUUAUUUGUUCCUUGGUGCACUUUAUGCAACUGCAACGGUUUCCUAUAUGCUUUUUGUUCCAGGAUUUUUUACUUCUUCAUUCUCGAGAGAAGCAAAAGUUGCUGUAUAUAUCUUCAUUCUCUGUCUUUCUGUCGCUAUUUCAUUAUUUAUACUAUUAAGUUGGCACCUGUAUUUGAUUGCAACAUCGCAAACCACUAUUGAAUUCUAUGAGAACAGAGAGAAGAAAAGGAAUUCUAAUAUGGCCAGCAGAAGAUACAUUCAUGAGUACGAUAUUGGUUUUUAUCAUAACCUUAAGACCAUCUUUGGGUCAUACCAACAUGUAUGGGAGUUAUUUUUGCCUUCAUUUCGUCCGUUGCCCAUAGAUGGAUGCGUUUGGCAAACAGUAGACUCAUAUUUCGAUGUCUCAGUUGUUUAGGCUCGAUUGAAAAAAAAGAAGAGGGAUAUUGU